GGAAACUUCCACUGCCUUUGGAUGACGUUGUCCUACCUGAACACGAGAAAUUUCUUCCGAAUGCAACUGCGAUUGGAUCAAUUCACAAGAAAAAGGGGACGGCCCAGACCAAUCCAUUGAUGGUUAAGUAGAACUGCUUACCCAGAGCAAUUUUUACCCUUCUCACUCACACACUCUCUCCCUAUUCUAACCCGCAUAUUCCCUUGAGUCCUAAAAACACCACCACACUCGUUACCUAUUUAACCUUAAUUAAUACCUUAAUUUUAUUUUUCCGUCAACAUGAAGACUACCACAUACGCAUUGGCACUCGCUGCCUCUUUCACCGGUGCAAAUGCUUACUGGAAGGGUUUCAACUCCCAAGCAACCAUGGGAAAUGGUGCCUGCAAGACCCAAGCAGAUUGGGAGAAGGAUUUCAAUGUCAUGAAGGCACUUCCAGGUGGAUUCAGCAGCAUCCGAGUUUACGCCUCUUCUGAUUGCAACACCCUUGCGAACGCAGUCCCAGCAGCUAUCGCCACUGGAGGAACCAUUCUCGCAUCCGUUUGGACCCAAGAUGAUGCUCACUUCGACCGCGAGAAGCAAGCCCUCCUUGCUGCUGUGCAACAAUACGGUGUUGGGUGGCUGGUGGCUAUCACAGUUGGAAGCGAGGAUUUAUACAGAAAGGAGACAUCGGCCAGCACUUUGGCACAGAAAAUUUACGAUGUUCGUGGAAUGAUGACUACCGUCAAUGGAGGAUCAUCCAUCGAAAUCGGACACGUUGAUACCUGGACUGCCUGGGUUGAUGGCGCAAACGAGGAUGUUAUCCGGGCUUGUGAUUUCGUCGGAACUGAUGGAUACCCAUACUUCCAGAGCACUAUGAGCAACCCAAUUGAUCAAGGAUCCAACUUGUUCUGGGAAUCCACUCAAGCUGUUCGUGAUGUAGUCAACAGAGUUAAGCCAGGAGCGUGGGUCUGGAUCACUGAGGUAUGUUAUAAUCCUGGUAAACUUUUUCUUUCAAACCAUAAUCUAACAUCCCUUUCUAGUCUGGAUGGCCCUCUGCUGGCCCAACUGAGAACCAAGCCGUUGCAAAUGUCGAAAACGCUCAACGAUACUGGUCUGAAGUCGCCUGUGCCGCUUUCGCUGCUGGCCACACCUUCUGGUACACCCUCCAAGAUUUCGCUGCCACUCCAAACUUCGGUGUCCUCGAUGCGAACUACAACCCUCUCUACAACUUGGCUUGUUAA